AUGGCAUGCUGCAUUAUAGGAGCGUUCUUUCUGAGUAAGCUUGUCCCCAUCUGGUCAUUCUUCAAUCCUACGGGCUCCGACCUGGGUCUAUUAACUCACGGGCUCGACGAUGAAAGAAUGAACCUCGCAGAACCCAAUUGCGGUGUUACAUGGCUAGAAGUGCAGGGCAUGACAUGCGCAUCUUGUGCCAUAGCCAUCGAGGAGCGUUUGAAGCAGAUUCAAGGCGUUUCAAGAGUUGCCACGUCUAUGUCUUUCCAUACCGUGGCUGUGUACCAUGAAGAUAAAGUCACAUCCGGAGAUAUAAUUCACACUAUCGACGACCUGGGCUAUCAAAGUCGACAUCGGAGACACGCAAUCUCAGAGAAGAUCAAAGCAGCGGAAGGCACCGAGGAGCUCGAGGUUACGUGGGACAAAUUGAAAAUGGUUCUAGUGACCGUGGCUUCAUUGGAAUUGCUUUAUAUAUUUGCCAGCUCUUCGGUGAUGUGUAACACAGAGAGACAAUGGGCUAUUCAGGCUGUGAUGAUCAUUAUUUCGACGCGAGACCAGUUUCACUCUGCAUCGCAAGUACAUGCAAGAACGGGUAAUGCUAUACGGUCAAAGCGUGUUUCCACAGAUGUCCACCUGAGUGUUGUGUUUAUUCUUGGACAUAUAACAUCCGCACUGAAUCUGAUCGUGGAUGGUCCGGGCGCAACUUCGUAUUUUCGAGAACCCUUUCCAGCUUUGUUUCUGCAACCCGGUGAUGAGAUCAUAAUUGAAGCAUACAGUCUUGUUCCCUGUGAUUGCUAUGUUAGUAGCGGAGAAUCCGAGGUCGAUCAAUCCACGGUGACAGGUGAAUCAUUGCCAAUUGCCAAAGUGACCGGAAAUCUUCUCAUGUCUGGAACUCGAAAUAUCUCCGGCCGUCUCACUGCUGUCAUUGAGAAGCAGCAUUCUGAUUCGACUCUCAGUAUGAUAAUUCAGAGUAUGGUAGAGGGAACAACACACCGAAGCCAGAUCCAGGACCGCAUUCAAUAUGCAACAGGGGGUUUUGUUACCCUGAUACUCUUUCUGGCUGCCAUAACUUCGCUAUUUACAUGGAUACGCAGUGAACGAAUACCUAAUACCUUGCAGCGCAUUAAUAUGACUGCACACCGAGCCAUGACAGUCCUCGCGGCAGCAUGUCCAUGUGCACUCAAUUUAGCAGUCCCGGCUGCAAUAUUUUCAUGUCUAGAUGUUGCUAGCUGCAAUGGAAUUCUCAUUCGAGGUGGUGUACGAAGCAUUGAAGAGCUCGCUCGCAUCACCCAUAUUGUGUUUGAUAAGACCGGAACCCUCACCAAGGGGAUCCUCCAAGUGACCAGCUGUAAAUGGCUGUCCGAUGCCGCUUUGGACGAAGAAAAGAUCUACCUUCUUCUCAGUAUCGCGGAGGGCCGAGAAGCCUCAAUUCACCCAGUUGCAAACGCACUAUUUAACUGGGCGCUGAAAAAUUUGCCGUCAAGUCUCAGAAAUUCCCAUCGUUCGGGAUCAGUUACAGCCUAUCAACGUGUUCCCGGUCAGGGGCUAUUCUGUGAAGUGGACAUGGUAGCUUAUGGAAUCCAGCAGAUUUGGGUGGGAAAUGCGAAGUAUUUCAAAAGCCAGAGCAUUCAGAUCUCGCAUGAAGAUCCUUCGGCGGUUGGUAUCUCUGUCUGGAUUGCCGUGAAUGGGAGUUACGUUGGAAAGGUCAUAUUAAGUGAUACAAUACGGUCCGAGGCCCCCCAAAUAAUCAAUCAUUUGGCAAAGAGUGGGUUACAUAUCGCAAUGGCCACCGGGGACGCAGAAAAGGAAGCCCAUCGGGUAGCCAAAAACCUGAGGAUUUCUACCAUUGCGUCGGAUGCACUUCCUCAAGACAAGUUACAAAUUGUCCGUGAUCUUCAGGCUACCGGGUGCAAGGUCGCUAUGAUUGGCGAUGGCAGCAAUGAUGGAUCCGCCCUAGUGGCAGCCGAUGUUGGAAUCUGCUUUACUCAGUCUCUUUUUUCCCUGCAGGGGGUCGCCGACAUAUUGAUUGCACAUUCAGAUCUUUCUAGGCUUCCGAUGGUUAUUGACAUGGCCAAAAUGACCCUGUGGCAGGUGAGGCUGAGCAUUUCAUGGGCUGUCGUUUACAACUUGUUUGCGCUCUUGCUUGCUGUCGGCGUGUUAGAAUUUCUCGGGCUUAGAGACGAUUUGUACGUCCACCUUUAUCCCCCCUUGCCCUCUCAUCCCCUCGUCUACUAA